AUGCACAGGAGGAUGGGCGAGGCGGUGGCGCGGGUGGCCAGGAAGGUGAACGAGACGGUGGAGAACAAAAGGGAUUCCCUGGAGCUCAACCUGGCGGGCAAUUACCUGCACCGCCUGCCCGAGGAAAUCACGUCCCUGCUGCACCUCCGGGCCAUCGACCUCUCCCGCAACAGGUUCCGGCGCUUCCCGGAGCCCCUGGCCACCGCCCCCGCCCUGGAGACCAUCGACCUGGAGGAGAACGAGAUCGCAGAGGUGCCGACGGAUAAAUUGGCCUCCAUGGCGCUGCUGCGGAGCCUCAACCUGCGGGCCAACCCCGUGGGCCCCGAGGUGCGCCUGCUGGUGCGGCCCCUGGUUCCCUUCGAGCUGCUGCUGUCUCCAGAGGAGCCCGUCCCCAAAUCCUGACAGCACCCCGGGGUGCCCGAGCUGUGGGGUUUGGCUUAGCUCAGUCCCUGCUACGCCCCCGUUUCUGCCCCAAGCCUGAGUGAGCGCCUCGCUUUUCCUCAAUUAAAAGCAAGCAGCGGGGAGGGACGGCUCUGCCACAUCCCCAGCCAGGCAACCUCCUGCUUGUGCGUUUUGGGGGUGCAACACGUGUGGUGGGAGGUUUGGGGGGACCUGGGUGUGCAGCCUCCCACGCGGGCACUGCAGCAGCAGGGAUGGUGGAGGACAUGCCUGCAGCUGCAAGGGCUCUCCCUGGA